AUGUUCAGACGGUCUGGAUAUCAAGCUCUUCCACUGGGGGACUUUGACCGUUUCCAGCAGUCCAGCAUUGGAGUCUAUGGAUCUCAGAAGAGCUUAUUUUCCUUUGGGCACAUGCAAGACCCAUGGGACCAGGUCCCGCAAAUGAAAGGUUCCUCCCAGGGCUGGCUGUCAUGGAUUUGCCAUGGGAUUGUCACGUCUUUGGCCAUCCUGCUGAUGGUCAUCACCUUCCCCAUCUCCGGAUGGUUUGUCUUGAAAAUAGUCCCUGCCUACGAGCGAAUUACUGUAUUCCGCUUGUGCCGGAUCCGAGCCCCCCAGGGGCCAGGCGUGGUCCUGCUGUUGCCGUUCAUAGAUCACUGGCAACUAGUAGACUUGAGGACAAGAGCCUUUAAUGUGCCACCGCGUAAGAUUUUCAAAAGCAACCAGUGGUUCUGGGUGCCUGAAUUUGUGGGUAUCCAAGGGAGAUACAGAGAUUUGUGGGAGAUCCAGACGGAAAAGCUGCGGAUUGGGGACCAGCUCCUGCUUGAAAUCAAUGACAUGACCAAGUCUUGGGGCCUGGAAGUGGAUCGGGUUGAGCUGAUUUUGGAGGCAGUGCUGCAACCCUCCCAAGAGAGUCUGUCCGGACAUCUAACCAUGACACCCCUGAUCCCUGGGUUUGAAGGACUAGAUAGCACCAUUCAGCAGCUGGCUGCUCACUUCUUUAGCAACAGCAUGGCGGUGGCAGCAGCAGCUAGUCAUGAGACAGCAGACAGCGUGGUGACAGUGAAUGAGGCAGAACCACCAGCUCCUACCAUCACCAGUAGCAGCAGCAGGAGGAAACCUAGCCCUGAGAAGCUACUGUCAGCUGUGGAGCUGUUCCUGUCUGAGUCCUUGGUCAGCCAAGACGGACUUUCCUACCAGUUCAACAUCAUACUUCUGAGUGGUGCCCGGAGCACCUACUUCAUAGAUCUCACUGCAGGCAGUGGGCGGAUUGGCCUUGGGGACGCUGAGCGCAACCCUGAUGUGAUUCUGGAGAUGACGGAGUCUUUCUUCUCAGGUGAACUUCAUCCUCUGAGUGCCUACAUGAGCGGGAGGUUGCGUGUCAAGGGCGACCUGAGUGUUGCCCUGAAACUGGAGGAGCUCUUCAAGGCAAUGAAACAACAUAGAUAGAGAAAGAGAAUGUGUGUGUGAGUGUGCGCACGCAUAUGUGCAUGUGUGAGAAGGCAGGAGAAGCGAAGAGUCUGGCAGGAGAACCAUCUGAUUGUGAAGGGUGUGAGGAUUCAAGCUCUUCUAUUCUCUAUUUCAUGCUCUGGGGAAUUGAUCAUUGCCCAGGGAAGCAGGAAGACAAAUCCCCUCUUUGAUGGGAUCCCUGGGGUGCAGCCUGGGACCACUGUACCCCCUUAACUCUCCAGCCUGGGCUGUCUCUCACAAUGCUUUGCUAAUGACAAGUAGCAAACUCCGCUAGGUGCUGUGAUCACUCAGCACAACUGCAUGUGGAACCCCACACGCAGAUAAAUUGCAUGAAUGCUCCCAGAGCCACUCAUGAAUCACAGAGAAAGGCACCAGCCGAAUCCCCCCAGCUCCUAGCACUGUAAUUCAAGAAUAUACCAUCUUGCACUGCUCAAGACGAGCAGUGCAAGUUUAUUAAUUGGUUUGCCACUUCAAUGGAAAGUGGAUAUACACCAGCCUUUGCAAACCUGAGCAGAUUUACCAAACACUUCAAGCAAAUUCACUGGUAAAGAUAAACAGUAAAAGAAGUUUAUUGACUACAAAAAAUAGAUUUUAAGUGAUAAGCAAAAAGUCAGAGUUAGUUACCAAAAUAAAAUAAAAUAUAAGCAUGCAGUCUAAACUCUCAACUCUAUUAGACUGGGUAUUAUCUAGAUUAAGCAGUUUUUCUCACCCCCCUGGAUAUUGCAGUUCAUAGUACACAGGUUUCACCCUUGAAACCUUGGCCAGUCUCCUCUGUUGGAGUCUUCAGUCUCCUGAGCAUCCUGGCUGCUUGCAGCAUAGGUGGGGGAAG